CAUCACAUCAAUGAAAACAAGUCAAAGCCUCACCAAAGCCUCACCUGAGCCACGAAACUCGAUUAUACUAUUAUAAUUGCCGUGCAGCCCAUGCCAAUUGAGCACAGCUGGGCAGUCAAGAGUAACAACGUAAGUCAAUGGUCCCUAUGAUAAGCUCCACACCAAAUUCUCGCCGGAGGUCAAUGCUAUUCGACCCCUUCAGUUUUUGAUAGUCUUUUCCUUGGUGGCAUUCCGUUCAAAAGCAUAAUGCGGCUAUGACCUGUCCUAGCUCUCGAUCGUUGACUUUUCGGAAGAGCUGCGAUAGAAAUCCUCCAGCUGACAGAUCUUCAGACCCAUGCAACAGUACUGCGGCAGGGUGCGUGCUCAAUACUUGCCAUUCAAUCUCUUGGAUGCUUGAUGCUCGGGAGGCUUUAACGUUUAGUGAGCCCGCAAGCUUGUUUCUACAGAAGACAACAGAUUCGGUGAGGAAUAAUUGUCCCUACCAGAAUGAUCAAGGAUACCCAUUCGAUUGGACUAUAGUCAGAAAUUACCAAGACAUACUUGGACAGUCUCACAGAAGACAGAAACGUCGUCUAGUCCACCAUCGGUUUCGAAACAUACAAACUUAUAAGGUCACAUCACCCGUCCUCAGAAACAACAACGGGGGCCACAAGUCUGUUUCGCUAAGAUUUUUUGGCCUGGGUAACAUAUGCGCACAGCUUUUUUGCUCCAUGAAGGAAAAGCACGUCACUUGUCCACCAACAUAUUCACCAAACAACGCAGAGAAAACGCACUUUUUAGCUUCUUCACGUCCGAAGCUAGACACUGUGUCUGAGUGUUGCUUAUUCACAGACACAUCUUCACAUUUUAGUCUUUCGUUCACAUUCUGAAUCCGCUCAUCUCUUACUCCCACAUUGCCUUUCUACCACCCAAGGCCAAUAGCCUUUCCUUAUUUAACAAUAGGGAAUAGCAUACCCCCACAGACGC